UUCUUUUUUUUUUGUCAAACAGGUACUUCGGUUGGAGAUUUUUUUGAAUCGGAAUCGAGGUGUGUGUUUAUUGCGAGUGUUGCAGAAAAAAAAGGAGUCAGGUGAAAUAAUUGAGCCACAAACGGGUUGAGAGGAGUUGAACAGGAAGCGAGUUUUUUUGGGGCGGAAGUAUGUCCGCCAACCGAGAGGAAACAAAUUGCCAUCAGAACCCGUCAUUCGUGCAAGAUGAAGUUCCAUCAUACCAAUCGACCGCAGGGCUCGAUGAGAAACCGAGUAAAAAUCCUCAAUGGUCGACACCCACCGCGGAGAAUGGGACAGAGCCAGUUGGGUCAAGUGCCGACCUAGAGGGCGGCGAUGGUCCCAAGCGAGAGCAAUGGAGCAACCAGACCGAGUUCCUUUUGUCGUGCAUAGCCAUGAGUGUGGGCCUGGGCAACAUUUGGCGGUUCCCGUUCACGGCCUACGAAAACGGCGGCGGCGCCUUUCUCAUCCCCUACCUCAUAGUGCUGUUCCUCAUCGGAAAGCCGCUCUAUUUCCUCGAGCUCGCCAUGGGACAGUUUUCCAGCUUCGGCAGCGUCAAAGUCUGGGCUGCUGUGCCAGCUGUUCGAGGAGUUGGCUAUGGACAAAUGCUAGGGUCUGCCAGCACAGUCAGCUAUUACUGCAACCUGAUGGGCAUUUGCUUGCUGUACCUGUUCUACAGUUUCCGCAAAACACUUCCUUGGACAGUUUGCGACGAAUCCUGGGAACAGGAGUGUUUUUCUGCCUCCUCCAUCAAUGCUUCAACUUUGGACGGGUCUUCUUCAGCAGAACUAUUUUACAGCCAGGAGAUCCUGCAAAUUUACCCGGAAGACGUUGGGAUUGACAACGGAGUCGGAACACCGGAAUGGAGAUUGACCCUGUGUUUGUUUCUCUCUUGGAUUAUGAUUGUGUUUACACUCAUUCGAGGAGUGCAAAGCUCAGGAAAGGUUGCUUAUUUCACUGCGCUGUUCCCGUACGUCGUUCUGUUUACUCUGCUCAUUCGUGGAGUUACUUUGCCCGGUGCUGGGAAAGGAAUCCUUUUCUUUAUCACGCCUAAGUUCGAGAAAUUGUUGGACCCCUCGGUGUGGUUUGCUGCUGUGUCCCAGUCGUUUUUCUCGCUUUCCGUGGGUUUCGGGUCCAUCAUCAUGUAUUCGUCUUACAAUCCAUUCCACCACAAUGUUUACAGAGAUUCCCUGAUCAUCAGUUUUAUGGACACGUUCACCAGUAUCCUCGCCGGGCUUUCGAUUUUUGCAAUCAUCGGUAAUUUGGCUCACGAAAGUGGUGGACAAGUGGAAGACGUUGUCAAAGGCGGAGCUGGUUUGGCUUUUAUCUCGUACCCAGAGGCCAUCGCAAAAUUUGACGCCGUUCCCCAGUUGUUUGCGGUCAUCUUUUUCUUGAUGCUUUUCACGCUGGGACUGGGAAGUGCAACAGCUUUGAUCGGCAGCAUCAUCACCAUCGUUCACGACCAAUUCCCGCAAUGGAGUCGCCGGAACAUCACGAUCGUUGUGUGCAUCUUGGGCUUCCUUGCCGGCAUUGUUUACACAACGCCUGGAGGUCAAUACGUGCAAGCGAUAGUUGAUCAUUUCGGAGCGAGCUUCCUGAUUUACAUCCUGGCAACCGUGGAAAUUUUCGCUAUUGCCUGGAUUUAUGGAAUCGGCAACUUCUGUACUGAUAUGGAAUUCAUGAUGGGAAGAUAUCCUGGGAUUUAUCUGCGAACAUGCUGGUACCUCCUAACACCUGGAUUGCUUUCGGUCAUCCUCAUCUAUUCUUUGAUAAAAUUCAAUAACCCGUCCGUCGGAAAGUAUGAAUUCCAAAGUGGAAUACUGGCUGUCGGUUGGUUGCUGUCCUCCGUUGGAAUUGUAGUUGUUCCUGUGCUGAUGGGUGUACUAUAUUACAGGAAGAUGAAAGAAGGAGUUUCAAAUCCUGUGAUGUCGAUGUUCAAGUACACUGACAAGUGGGGGCCGAAGGACCCAGUGGUGCGCAAAGAAUGGCUGGCAUUCAGGGAGAAAAACGCGCACCGGGAGCGAUAUUGGUUCGGAUUCAUCCCCGCAUUUCCUAUGGAAUGAGGCAUUUUUUGUACCGACUUCCGACAGCGGAAUAAUUAGGCUUUUUUAUAGAAAAACAAACUUAUACACAAAGUCGAAUGUCCCGCCGGAAAAAAAAGAUGUUAUUGUUGUUGCUGCGCCAUUUUCAUAUACAACGGCGUUGUCAAGCAGCUUGAGAGCUUUCCCGCUGCAAAAAAAAAAGAAAAAAUAUUUUUGCUAGCGAAAUCAAUGAAUGAGCAUAAAACUGGAUGAUGGCGUUGUGUUUCUUUUGUAUGAAGUCUAUACAAAAUAUUUUCGGGAAAGAUGAAAAAUUAGAAGGAGAAACACAGAAAAAGUUUCAUGACGAUGUAAAAAAAAAAGAUUUUUGAAUAUAAGCGGCUUAUAUUCUUUACGAAAAAAAAAAUUAUCACAUGAGUGAAAGAACGGUGCGCCGGAUGUGAUGAUGUGCAGGUUGUGGAAAUGCUGUGCAUUUCUGUAUUUUUUUCUAUAUACUGAUGUAUAGUACUGUAUAACAUAGUUGACUGAAGGCGAGUUUUUGGAUUUCUCACUCUCGAAAUGAUGCUCGAAAUCGAUACGUUGAAGCAGUAUUUUUUUCUGUGCGUCUUUCCUUCUGGAAGCGAUCCUCCAAUUUUUGAAAGAAAAAAAAAGAAAAUAAUUUCACUUAUGAUUCUAAGUCUUUCCCCCGUACAUAUGUAUCGCGCAAUCGUACCUGCUGUUAUUGUUAUACAUGAGCAUUUUUGGAAGACGCGUGAAAUUGCAAAUUAUGAUGUGACAUUUUUAGGAGCAAAUACAUUCAUUUUUAAUUCUCGGGAAAA